GUCACAGACUCGACCGCACAUAAAAGUUGCUCUCCAUCCCCGACAUCGCUGCCACCCUUCUCCUCGUUGCCUUUUGCUCGCUACCAUCGCCAUUCAGACUGCACCUACGCUCUGCGACACUGCUGAUUUCCACUAUGGAGGCUAUCAAGGAGACUUUUAGACGCUGCAAGGCGCAGAGCAAGGUUGCCCUCGUCACAUAUGUUACGGCCGGCUUUCCUCGCGCAGAGGACACCCCGAGCAUCAUGCUCGCCAUGGAGAAGGGAGGCGCUGAUGUGAUUGAGCUUGGCGUGCCCUUCACCGACCCCAUCGCCGACGGCCCCACGAUUCAGACUGCCAACACCGUUGCUCUCCAAAAUGGUGUAACCAUCGAAUCUUCUCUUCAGAUGGUCAAGGACGCAAGGAGUCAGGGCCUCAAGGCACCCGUGUUGCUCAUGGGAUACUACAACCCCCUCCUCAGCUACGGCGAAGAGCGCCUGCUUCAGGACUGCAAGGCUGCUGGAGUCAAUGGCUUCAUCGUCGUUGACUUGCCGCCGGAGGAGGCUGUCUCGUUUCGCAAGCUCUGCACGCGCGGAAACCUGUCAUAUGUACCCCUCAUCGCUCCCGCUACCUCGGACACCCGCAUGAAGAUUCUCUGCCAGCUUGCGGAUUCUUUCAUCUACAUCGUGUCCAGACAAGGUGUAACGGGCGCUCUCGGAACGAUCAACGCAAAGCUGCCCGAGCUAGUCCAGCGAGUCAAGCGGUACAGCGGCAACAAGCCCGCGGCUGUCGGCUUUGGUGUCAGCACCAACGAGCAUUUCAGGAGCAUUGGAAGCAUUGCCGAUGGUGUCGUUGUCGGUAGCCAGCUCGUGACCACGCUCCAGAAGGCUCCGGCAGGCCAGGAAGCUGCUGAGGUCGAGAAGUAUCUGGCCUACCUAUGCGGUCGUGAUUCCUUACCACAGGACAAGGCCACGCGCGAAGUCGGGCUGGUAGAAGCCGUGGCUGGAGCUAGAGAGCCGAAUGGUGAUAAUGUCACUGUCAACGCCGUGGUCGGCGAAGAUGGUCGCAUCACUGCCGAGCAGGACAGCGCUCUGGUCGCCCAGCUGGCUGCGCUCCACGGCAAGAUUCCGGAACGUUUUGGAGAGUUUGGUGGCCAAUACGUCCCUGAGAGCCUGAUGGACUGCCUGUCGGAGCUCGAGGAGGGCUUCAACAAAAUCAAGGACGACCCGGCAUUCUGGGAGGAGUAUCGGUCAUAUUACGAUUAUAUGGGCCGACCAUCCCGCCUGCACCUGGCUGAGAGACUGACUGAACACGCCGGUGGCGCAAAUAUCUGGCUGAAGCGAGAGGAUCUCAACCAUACGGGCAGCCACAAAAUCAACAACGCCCUCGGCCAGCUGCUACUUGCCAAGAGGCUGGGGAAGACUAAGAUCAUUGCCGAAACCGGCGCUGGCCAGCACGGUGUUGCUACGGCUACUGUCUGCGCCAAGUUUGGCUUGGAGUGCACUGUCUACAUGGGUGCUGAGGACGUUCGCCGCCAGGCUCUCAAUGUUUUCCGAAUGAGGCUUUUGGGUGCCAAGGUCAUUGCUGUCGAGGCCGGCAGUAAGACUCUUCGAGACGCCGUCAAUGAAGCGCUCCGCGCGUGGGUCGUUGAGCUCGAGACGACGCACUACAUCAUUGGCUCCGCCAUCGGGCCUCACCCAUUCCCGACCAUUGUGCGAACCUUCCAGUCCGUCAUUGGCAACGAGACGAAGAAGCAGAUGAUGGAGAAGCGCGGCAAGCUGCCUGACGCAGUGGUUGCCUGCGUCGGCGGCGGCAGCAACGCCGUUGGCAUGUUUUACCCCUUCUCCCAAGAUCCCAGCGUCAAACUCCUUGGUGUCGAGGCUGGAGGUGAUGGCGUUGAAACAGAUCGUCACAGUGCCACCCUGUCGGGGGGCUCCAAAGGCGUCCUCCACGGCGUCAGGACCUACGUGCUCCAGAAUAAGCAUGGUCAGAUCUCAGAUACGCACUCCGUCUCGGCAGGCUUGGACUACCCCGGCGUUGGCCCUGAGCUCAGCUCCUGGAAGGACAGCCAGCGUGCGAAGUUUAUCGCCGCCACAGACGCGCAGGCUUUCCAGGGGUUCAGGUUGAUCAGCCAGCUCGAGGGCAUCAUCCCAGCCUUGGAGUCGGCGCAUGGCAUCUAUGGUGCCAUUGAAUUGGCUAAGACGAUGAAGAAGGACGAGGACGUCGUCAUCUGCCUGAGUGGUCGCGGUGAUAAGGAUGUGCAGAGCGUUGCGGAUGAGCUGCCCAAGAUUGGACCUCAGAUUGGAUGGGACCUGCGAUUCUAAAAGGGGAUUUCUUGGUACAAGAUUCUAGAUAUACCCCAUGGCGCAAAAGGGCGCCGGCGUUUUGAAGGAUGGAACUGGAAGAGCUUUGUAGACGUCCCUAAUGCGACAAAAGAGCUUGUUAUUGGCAUUCGAGGGGCCCAGUGCCACCGUAGUGCCGGUGGAACUCUUCGUGUCUGAGCUUGAUGCCGGUGUGCCUGGGAUGAAGUGGACUACCGUGGUGCAAAAUAUGUCAAAGCUAUUUAAAUGAUUUUCAUUUCCC